GCAGAGAGAGAGAAGAAGAAGAAGAAGAUCAGGUUGUUGAUGCAGAGAGAGAGAAGAAGAAGAAGAAGAUCAGGUUGUUGAUGCAGAGAGAGAGAAGAAGAAGAAGAAGAUCAGGUUGUUGAUGCAGAGAGAGAAGAAGAAGAUCAGGUUGUUGAUGCAGAGAGAGAAGAAGAAGAAGAUCAGGUUGUUGAUGCAGAGAGAGAAGAAGAAGAAGAAGAUCAGGUUGUUGAUGCGGAGAGAGAGAAGAAGAAGAAGAUCAGGUUGUUGAUGCAGAGAGAGAGAAGAAGAAGAAGAAGAUCAGGUUGUUGAUGCAGAGAGAGAGAAGAAGAAGAAGAAGAUCAGGUUGUUGAUGCAGAGAGAGAAGAAGAAGAAGAUCAGGGUUGAAGGAUAUCAAGGAUAGAAGAUCUGGGCAAACAAAUGAAGGACAAGAAGAUGACUACUGGCCGAAUACUCGUGGCAGUUCGGGCCGGGGUGUCAUAUUGUUGUCCUUCCUUCAUCCAGGAGCGAGACCAGACUCUCACUCAGACAGAGGAAAGAGUACUUCAGGGCAACCAGACCCAAAGAUGGCCAAACCAGUGAGACCACACCACUGCUCCCAUUGUGGAAAGAGUUUUAUUAAUUUAAGGAGUCUAAAAGUUCAUCAAAGAGUACAUACAGGAGAAAAGCCUUACCACUGCUCACAGUGUGGAAAGAGUUUUACUCAGUUAGGGAAUCUGAAAAUGCAUGAGCGAAUACAUACAGGAGAGAAGCCUUUCCACUGCUCCCUGUGUGGAAAGAGUUUUACCCAGUUAGCUGCCCUGAAAAUACAUGAGAGGACGCACACAGGAGAGAAGCAUUUUCACUGCACCCUGUGUGGAAAGAGUUUUACCCGGUUAGGGUCCCUGAAAACGCAUGAGCAAAUACACACUGGAGAGAAGCCUUUCCACUGCUCCCUGUGUGGAAAGUAUUUUACCCAGUUAGGGGCCCUGAAAAAACACGAAAGGACACAUACAAGAGAGAAUCAUUUCCACUGCUCCCUGUGCGGAAAGACUUUUAUCCAGUUAGGGUCCAUGAAAACGCAUGAGAGGACACACACUGGAGAGAAGCCAUAUCGCUGCUCCCAGUGUCAAAAUACCUUUUCCGCAUUAAGGGACCUGAAAUCACAUGAAAGAACCCACUUAGUAGAGAGGCAGAGGCCGUUCCAAUGCUCUCAGUGUGGAAAGAGAUUCAUCCAGUCAUCACAUCUGAAAGAUCACAUGACAACACACACAGGAGAAAAACCGUUCCAAUGCUCUCAGUGUGGAAAGGGUUUUACCAGGUUAAGCACACUAAAAACACACAAGAGUACACACAGGAGAUCAGCAUUUCCAAUGCUCUCAGUGUGGAAAGGGUUUUUACCAGGUUAAGCACACUAAAAACACACAAGAGUACACACAGGAGAUCGGCAUUUCCAAUGCUCCCAGUGUGAAAAGAAACGGUUAGAAAAUGCAUCCAUUAACAAUAGUUAGGGAACCUGCAAGACCACGACGGAACACACACCGGGAAGAUGCCGUACCACUGCUCCCAGUGUGGAAAGAGAUUUAUACGUAGUUAGGGAACCUGCAAGACCACGACGGAACACACACAGGGAAGAUGCCGUACCACUGCUCCCAGUGUGGAAAGAGAUUUAUACGUAGUUAGGGAACCUGCAAGACCACGACGGAACACACACAGGGAAGAUGCCGUAUCACUGCUCCCAGUGUGGAAAGAGAUUUUUCACAUCUCAUAACACAGUGCUCCCACACUUUUUGGGGGUGGGGGACUGAGAAUGUGUUUUCCUGGGUUGGAUCGGUCAUGAAAAUCUGGGAAAAGUCAUGAAUUUUUUGUUGUUGUGUUUUCCAAAAAAGUGUUUUCAAAAAGUCAAUGGAAAUGAAUUGAACUUCUGUUAGCCAUUUAUUUAGGCAUAGUUUGUAAAUUUCUGUUAGCCAUUUAUUUAGGCAUAGUUUGUAAAUAUUUUAUUAAUCACAUACAAAUCACCAUAUCAACCAGGAUCAGAAUGUUUUAAUGUUGUGUGACCGCAUCACCUGCAGUAGCACUGUGGAGUGGGCCUCAAGGGGAGAGAGACAGUAGCACUGUGGAGUGGGCCUCAAGGGGAGAGAGACAGUAGCACUGUGGAGUGGGCCUCAAGGGGAGAGAGACAGUAGCACUGUGGAGUGGGCCUCAAGGGGAGAGAGACAGUA